AUGUGGACGCUGAUCGGGACGUACAACUACCACCUCUACUCAGGCGACGACGCCUGGCUCUCGACCAUCUGGGCAAACUACACCAAAGCCGUAGCGUACGUCGAGAGCAAGGUCGACUCGUCUGAGCUGAUGAACGUCACCGGUCUGCGCGAUUGGGCCCGCUCGGCGGCCCUGACCAACUCGGCCGAGCUCGCCUCGUCUGUGCCCGUCCUCAACGCUUCGGAGCUGGGGGAGAAGUGGGCUGCGAACGCGACCGCGCUGAAGGCCGCGUUCAACGGCGCGUUUUGGGAUGAGGGGCAGGGGAUGUACGUGGAUAAUACGACGACGACGCUCGCGCCGCAGGACGCGAACUCGUUCGCUGUGCUGUUCAAUGUGACGGACGGAGAGGAGAAGAAGGCGUUGGUGAGCGCCAGGCUGGAGAGGAAUUGGAACGAGCUUGGUCCUGUGGCGCCUGAGCUGCCGGACACGAUCAGCCCCUUCAUCGGUGGUUUUGAGGUUCGUGUGUGGUACCGCGCCCCAUCUCGCGUGAGCGGGAUGCCGAGCUCGAGCCUGGCAGGUGGAUUUUCCGGACCUGGCAGCCCGGCUGUGGCGCGCUCUGCGGGGCGCUCGGCGUGGAGCAUGGGUUCGCCGUUCCAGCGGCCAGCCUCGGUAGCUGGGAGCCCAGAGUCUAUGAGGGGACUUCCUGCGCGCGCGAUCGACGGGGCAUCAUCGUCGCAAGGAGGGAUGUCGUUGUUGUUUACCACGAGACCUGCCGCGGCCAAUGAGGACGAGGACGAAGAGUUGAAAUUCGUGCUGGAGCUUAGUCUUGCGGAGUCGAGGAGUCGCCGGGAGGUUGUAUGA